AGUUUUCACUCCCUUUGUUUACAUACGGGUAUUUACGGCUGUCCGCCAUUUUGUGGGUCAAGACUGACGCGUGAAAAAGAGAAUCAUAUGUUCUGUUUAUAAAUAACAGUGACGCUAUGACCUCCAUAACCAAAACGAAAGAAAAAACUGGAAAGUUAAAGUACACAGACUCAUUAGAUAACGUUUCAAGAGAAAAAUAUAACGAAAAACUUAAAUUAAUCGACGGGAAAGAUCCAUACGAGGACGUUUCUAACAAAGAGUGGUCGAGGGAGAGGGACAGUUUUCCAGAUAUAACGUAUCCUGACAUAGUAAACUAUUUGGUUUAUGGCAAAAGUGCUUAUACGUUUGAAGACUUGAAGGCGUACAAAUCAUCGGAGGCUUACAACCAGUUUGUCUGCGGCUGGGUUACGGAUGUUUGCCAUUCAGUAAUCAACAGUAAACAUCUACUGCUGGCCAAAGUUUGUCAUUCACAGAGAAUGAAUGACCCCCCUCUGAAACCAUGGGUGAUAGCAGAGAAAUGUGGAACCAUAGAAACUGCACAUUGUAACUGCAUGAUUGGACUUGGAGAGGCCUGUAGUCAUGUUGGUGCCCUACUAUUUUAUAUCGAAGCAGCAGUGAAAAUCAAAAACUCAAAGACUGUGACAGAAGAACCGGCAUAUUGGAAACUCCCAUCCGGCUUGCAGAAAGUACAGUAUAAACCUAUUAAAGACAUAAACUUUCAGUCAGCAAAGGCAAUGAAGAAAACUCUGGAGGACAACAUAACUCCUGGAAACACCCCUAGACGAGCAGGAGGGAUGAUGGUUCCAGAUGUUCCACCACCUACUGAAGGCCAAAUCUCUACAUUUCUUUUGAAACUCCACAGCAAUAACACUAAACCAGUCAUUCUAACUGUGAAGGAGGAAUUCUCAAAUGCAUAUGUACCAAAGUGCACUGAAGAAGCCUUUCCAACUCUACUUUCAGAACUGUAUAGUGAGGAAUGUGAGACACUAUCGAAGGACGAGUGUUUGGCCAAAUGUGAGGAUAUAUUUGCAUCCUUGUGUAUGACAGAGGAGCAGUGCAAGUUUACUGAAGAAGAAACAAGAGAUCAGUCUAGCAACAAAACAUGGCAUCAUAUACGAACAGGGAGGGUUACAGCUUCUCGAAUGAAGAGUUUGUAUGUUACAUCCAUAGAAAAUCCAUCAAAGAGGUUGGUAAAUGCCAUCUGCCACCCAACCACAACAAAAUUCUCCACAAAUGCAACUCGCUGGGGGUGUAAACAUGAGGAAACAGCUCGGGAAAAGUACAGGAAGGAGCAGGAAAAAAAACAUCAUAAUUUUAAAUGUGAAAAAAGUGGACUUGUAUUAAAUCCAAACUUUUUUGUCUGCAAGAAAGAGUAUUGUGAUUUCGUCACAUGGACCCAAGGAGAUAUGACUGUGGAACGCAUAGAACCUGAUGAAGACUUUUGGGAAGAAGUUGUUUCUAAGGCCACCUCUUUUUCAAGACUGUUAUUCUUCCAGAGUUGGUGGGAAAGGUGUUUAAAAGUAUAUAAUGCAUCAGAGGAUGAUGUUAUAGGGUGUGAUGAUGAAAACUGUAAAUAUCGCUGGUUCCAUUCCAAGUGUGUCAAGAUCAAACGUCCCCCUAAAGGCUCGUGGUACUGCAAGGAAUGCAGAGAGAAAAAUCAAAUCAAGCCAAAACAGAAAUGCCCUAAAGUGAAGGACUAA